AUGUUUGUGAUCUGUGUGUCAGUAACUGCUAAACCAGAGAUGUGGCUUCGAUUCUCGCCUUAUAGUGUAGAGUUUUUGUCUCUUCAUAUUAACAGGAUGAAUUUCCUAGAGCAGUUCUUAUCACUGUUAAACCCCAAGAUCAUACGUUCACUGUUAACCUUACUACAAGCCGUGUUCCAGGCAAUAGACGAACUGGAACUUGACGCCCGAGAUUUUCCUCCACAAGCUGUGGUUACCGAUGGUCAAGAAUUUGACUUCAUAGUGAUCGGUGCGGGAUCAGCUGGCUGCGUGGUUGCCAACAGACUCACCGAGAUCUCAGGAUGGAAUGUCUUACUAAUAGAAGCUGGUGGGAAUCCACCGUUAAGCGCAAAGUAUCCAGGACUAGCUAACUUGGUUGAUUAUUCCACAUCGGAUUGGAACUACUAUACAGUAAAUGACGGUUAUACUAGUCAAGCUUAUCAGAAGAAAAGUAUUCACUUGACUAGAGGCAAGAUGCUUAGUGGCUCUAGUGGAGCGAACUACAUGUUUUACAUAAGAGGUAAUAAAAAGGAUUAUAAUGAUUGGGUCCAACAAGGCAACGAAGGAUGGGAUUACGAUAGAGUAUUACAUUAUUUUAAAAAAAGUGAACGUCUCAAUGACGAAACCACAACCAAAUAUGACUUUGGCAAAUAUCACAAUACAGAAGGAUACUUAGGGGUUACAAGACCGCUGUGGAAAAAAGAAACAGAAGAAUAUUUAAGAGCGUUUCAACAAAAUGGACACAAAGUAAUGUCAGACUGUAAUGGUCCGGAGCAAAUAGGGUACGUCAUGCCGCCAUUUACAAUCGAUAAUGGAGUUCGCCAACAUACUGCUACAGCUUUUCUAGAGCCCGUCAAAGACCGAAAAAAUCUUUUUGUAUUGAAAAAAACUUUAGCUAGAAAAAUAUUAUUUGAUGAAUACAUGAAUGCUAUUGGCGUCGAGGUGCGAUUGCCAAAUAAAAAAGUAAUAAAUCUUUUCUCUAGAAGAGAAGUUAUUCUGUCAGCAGGUGCAAUUAACAGUCCUCAAGUUCUGAUGUUGUCUGGAAUAGGACCUCGGGAGCAUUUGCAGAGGUCAGGUGUAAAUGUACUGCUGGAUUCGCCAAAUGUUGGUAGUAACUUACAAGACCAUCCUGCUGUUUUAAUCCCUAUAGGAGUCGAAAAGGAUCGAAGGUCCGUAAUUAACAACGUAAAUUUUUUUGUAAACUUGGACAAAUUUCCUUCUCCGUGUAUGAUGGGUCACAUUGCUCUGAAUAAAUCCGAAACUUACCCCGAUUAUCAAACAUCUGUAUUUCCUCUACCAACUUACUCGUAUCUUCCAACAAUAAUAUGUGGUUAUGUUCUUCGAAAAGAUGAUCAGAUAUGUAACACUUUGUUUAACGCUAACAAGAAGAGGAACAUUUUAUUCUCACUCCUAGUCAUGCUGCACCCGAAGUCCAAAGGUAUAAUAAGAUUGAAUAGCAGUAAUCCCGAAGUAAGUCCUUUAAUUUACAAUGGAUAUUAUUCUGACAAAAGGGAUUUAGAAAACCACGCUCGGUAUAUCGAAGAUUACAUCAGUGUAGUUAACACCCCGUAUUUAAAGAGUAUUGAUGCUGAAGUUAUCGAUGAAAAGAUUCCUCAAUGCAAGUCCCUACCCUUUUAUAGCCAUGAGUACUGGAAAUGUUAUGUAUUGAAUACAGUUACGACUCAGUGGCAUUCGUCAGGAACUUGCGCCAUGGGCCCGGAGGGUAAAGGUGUUGUAGAUGAAAGAUUAAGGUCGGUUUCUCCCGCGCUGCAGUGCCGAUCGUGGUUGCUGGGAAUUGCCGCUAAAAAUACCUAG